AUGGGCCUCGGAGUUGGCGGGUUGCCAUUCAUCGGCCUGGUCCUGGGCGAGAUCGCCGGCAGCACGUUCGUGCUGUCGCUGCAGCCCUCGUACGCGCGCAAACUGGAGGCGAACAACAACGUGCCCGUGCCUGAAUGGCGUCUUCCGCCUUGCAUCGUGGGUGGCGUGGCGUUUGCCGGCGGCUUGUUCUGGUAA